AGAUAUUAAUCUGGCUGUAAUUCAGGAGGUACAGUUAACUAGCAGCUAAGUUAAGCUAAUGUUAUAAAGCAGCAGUGGAAGCUCUGUCUUUUAAGUUUAGUGGAAUUUUGUUUUCCUUCUAGGGUUUAAAGUUCCUAAAGGGGCAAACCUCUGGGAUUGCUCUAGUUUCAAAGGUCGUGUGUUUGGGUCAUGUCUCCAAACAGAACCACUGACCUCCUCUGACUAAAAGCUGAGAUCAGCCUGGAGAGGAAUGUAGGUUGUCACCAGAGCUAUUUUGGCAAUGUACAGCCGCUAAUGAUUGUGAUCACAGAGCAGAGCUCGGAGCAGUUGCUUUGCUUUCCUUUUUUCCUGCCAGCAAGUUUGAUCAUGCAGCUCUUACCGGCGCUGCAGGGAUUAGAGAGUUAAACGAAUGGCACGUCGGCUGCGCUUGCAUUUUGCGUCAAGGAGAAGCAACACGGACCCUCUGUCAGAAAGCCUCAGCAGCCAUGGUGAGGAGAGUGGAGUCGGUGUGCCAGCUUAUAGCCCCGCAGAGAUUCUGGCGCACAGUUCUGUCCACUUGAAGGUGACUCCUCUGUCACCAGACUAUGCUAAUUUUCAACGCUACUCUUCAGUAUUCAUACCAAGGGUUAACACUGGAGGAUGUAAUAAGAAGAGCAUUCUGCAGAUCUUGUUGCAGCCUGGUGGAAAGCUCAGUGGAGAGCUGGAUGGCAGUAUAGAGGAUGGAGACCCGGGGGGCAGUGAAGGAGGAGCAGGUAGUGGCUCUGACGGAGGCUCAUGCAGCAGCAGCAUGGCCAGCGAUGCCGGGUAUUGUAGCAGCAACAGCAUCUUUGAGCCAGAGGCUCCAGAAAAGCAGAGGACCACCCAGGAGAGGAGUCUACUCUGCCGCAAGUCCAAGGUUCCGCUGAGACGGUGCUCCUCCUUGGUUAUAUUUCCAAAGAGCCCCUGCAGCACCCCACCUGCUUCCCCAGUCAGUCCAGUGGCUCUUCCUGCUCUCCCACCUGCGAGGGGGUCUCAUCAGCCAUCUCCUCAGACAUUUGCCAGUGAAUUCUCACAAGAUGAUGAGGAAGUGACUUGCAAAGGGUCCACCACCACGGCACUAAGUGGUCGUCGUGUCCCGAAAGGAAGCUGUUCAGCUGAGUUCAGGGACACCAAACACAUGGUGCAAUUUAAUAUUCCUUUACAGGAUGAACCAAAAAGCAAAAUGGAGGAUAGGAGUAAAAUAUUGGAACUGUCAUCAACUCUAGACAGAUCAAAUCGUCACUCUAGCAGUGUGCUGCUGCACUUUGCCCACCAGAGACCAAUGAUACCCGGGAAGGGAGCUACAACCACGACUACAGUCAAUGUGGGAUAUCCUGAGGCUCCGAACCCAGCCGCACACCCCGAGGGUGAACACGACCCUCGCAAAAAACUGUAUCGUAGUACCUCUGCUUGUUUGUUCUCCUCAACUAAACCAUCAGAGAAAAACCAAAUGGUUUGUUCCUUGGGAAAAGGUCUGGAAAAGCCAGAGGAAAACCAUUGUCAUCGCGCUAUACAAAGGAGCUUUUCUCUCGAAGUGCCUUACGCUAACACUGGAAUUUCAUGUCACGUUUCAAAUCCAAAACUCAGUAGCCCUUGCUCUCCUCAUGUGCACAUUCAUUUGUCUCCUUGCUGCCCAGCUAAGUUGCCUAGCUCUAUUACUGAUGUAAACACGAGCCACAAAGGGAAUAGUACACCAAAGAGCCCAGGUCAAAACACUAAGACACGUGAUGACUUUCUGGGACAGGUGGAUGUCCCCUUAAAUCAGAUACCGACAGAAAAUCCUAAUACAGAAAGGCCAUACACAUUCAAGGAUUUUCUGCUUCACCCACGAAGCCACAAGUCCAGAGUCAAAGGUCACCUGCGUCUCAAAAUGACCUACCUGCCAAAAAACCCAGGUUCGGAGGAGGAAACGGCAGAACAGACGGAGGACCAGGACCCUGGUUGGGAGUUUCUGGAGGCUCAGGACAUGUCAGGUCCCAGACAAAGCCAGCUGCUGCCUGCUCUGCCCCCUGGCUGGGAGGAGCGGCAGGACAACCUGGGAAGAACCUACUUUGUCAAUCAUGAGAGCAGAACCACACAGUGGCAACGACCCACAAUGCAGGACAGUGAUGUGGAAAUACAAAGAAGACAGAACAAUAAUACAGAGGUGGAGCAUGCUCUUAAUACACGCAGACAGAUCUCAGACCCAGAUGAAAACAACACCACACGAGAGUCUCCUGAGAGCUGGGAGAUCAUUACAGAGGACGAGUCUACAUCUUACCACAACAACAACAACCAGCUCGCAUCACCUCCACCCCGCACCCCCGUGCCCGAGUUCCACUCGUUCUGCGACGAGUUGAGAAACAUUCACAUUUCAGGGGCCACAGCUGGCGAGCUGCACACCUCCCAGACAGAUCAUCAUAGUAAUUUAAGCCAUUCCAGUCUCAGAGGAAGUGCCCGGACUUCAACAGGAGAGGAACAUCCCGUUAAUCCUGUGCUGCUUCCAACCGCAGCUGGGCUGCCUGCAGGCUGGGAGGAGAAGCGAGACAGUAAAGGAAGACGCUACUAUGUCAACCACAACAGCCGAACAACUUCAUGGACACGACCCCUCAUUCAGAAAACCUCAGAGGCACCAGUAGCACCAGUAGCACCAGCAACACAAAGUGGUGCAGGUUUACCCCAGAGCUCCCCUCCAUCCCAACCGCAUGCCCCCCCUGAGGAGUCUCCUCAGCACACCCCAAGCCCCGAGGCCACAUAUGAAUCUGGCUUCUUGCCGACUGGUUGGGAGGUUCGCAGUGCUCCCAAUGGAAGACCUUUUUUCAUCGACCACAACACAAAGACUACUACCUGGGAAGAUCCCAGGCUAAAGAUUCCUGUGCAGAAGAGGAGGAGAGCCUCUCUCGACCCAUCUGAUCUCGGCCCUCUGCCGCCUGGUUGGGAGGAGAGGGUCCACACUGAUGGGAGGAUAUUCUACAUAGAUCACAACACCAGGACCACACAAUGGGAUGAUCCCAGAUUACAGAACUCAGCUAUAACUGGACCAGCAGUGCCUUAUUCCAGAGAUUAUAAACAGAAGUAUGACUACUUCCGGAAGAAGCUAAAGAAACCGGCUGACAUCCCAAACCGUUUUGAGAUGAAGGUGAGACGAAAUGCGGUGCUGGAGGACUCAUACCGACGCAUUCUCUCAGUGAAGAGGGCAGACCUGCUGAAGGCGCGACUGUGGGUGGAGUUUGAGGGAGAAAAAGCACUGGACUAUGGUGGCUUGGCCAGGGAGUGGUUCUUCCUCAUGUCUAAGGAGAUGUUCAACCCGUACUACGGACUGUUUGAGUAUUCUGCCACGGACAACUACACACUGCAGAUUAACCCUAACUCAGGUUUAUGUAAUGAGGACCACCUGCCCUACUUCAAGUUCAUCGGCCGCGUGGCAGGCAUGGCCGUGUAUCACGGCAAGCUACUCGAUGCUUUCUUCAUUCGGCCUUUCUACAAGAUGAUGCUGCAGAAACCGAUCACUCUCCAGGACAUGGAGUCAGUUGACAGUGAAUAUUUCAACUCCUUGAUGUGGAUUUUGGAGAACGACCCAACAGACCUGGAUUUGAGGUUCACCAUUGACGAAGAGCUGUUUGGGCAGACUCACCAGCAUGAACUUAAGCCGGGCGGCGCAGAAAUUGUCAUCACUAAUGACAACAAGAAGGAAUACAUCCAUCUGGUGAUGCAGUGGAGGUUUGUGAACAGGAUACAGAAGCAGAUGAGUGCCUUCAAAGAGGGAUUCUUUGAGUUGAUACCACAAGAUCUGAUUAAGAUCUUUGAUGAGAAUGAGCUCGAGCUGCUCAUGUGUGGUCUUGGAGAUGUGGAUGUGAACGACUGGAGAGAGAACACCAAAUACAAGAACAGCUACUGCUCCAACCACGUCGUUAUCCAGUGGUUUUGGAAAACCGUGCUGUUGAUGGAUGCAGAAAAGCGAAUCCGGCUCUUGCAGUUUGUGACGGGAACAUCAAGGGUCCCAAUGAAUGGCUUUGCUGAACUCUAUGGGUCUAACGGACCACAGCUGUUCACCAUCGAGCAGUGGGGAACACGUGAAAAACUCCCCCGAGCCCACACAUGCUUCAAUCGACUGGACCUGCCUCCUUAUGAGUCUUUUGAGGAGCUGAGGGAGAAACUUCACAUCGCCAUCGAGAAUGCACAAGGCUUUGACGGCGUGGAUUAGUGCUUCUGAAGGUAGAAGAGCUGAACUGAUUACUUACCGAUCAGAGUAAAGCAGCACAAUGUGGUGAAGUUGACGUAACAAACAAGCUGUGCAUCAGACUCUGGUCUUAACCUGCCAGCUGUGUGACAGAUGAAGGACGGUCACACAACCUUCACUCGGUCCUCUGUGGAGGCACACGCGGAGGACAUUAAAUCUGGAGUGACGGAGGUAUUUAAUCACUCCGUGUGUUCUAAAGUUUACAAAGCAAGAAUGCGAAGCUAUAUACUGUGUAACAAAAACAUCUAAUUUUAAAAGAAAUUAGGUUCAUUUGGGCUGAAUGAUAAUUUGGCAAUUCAACCUAAAUAAAACAUAUGUGAAUAUAUUUACUCUCUAUUUUUCCUAUCAUUUAAAUUCUAUACAUAAUAAUACAUUUUUCAUUCCAUCAUACUAGAAACACUGAUGCAAAUCCCAAAUAUAUGCACCUCAAAGGCAGCAGAUAGCAGAAAAUCUGCAGUUCAUAUUCGAGCAACUACACUUAAAGUAAGUUUGUCAUUUAAUCAAUACAGUAGUGAUGUACCAAUACCAGGACCAGUAACAGGCUGAACUAAUUAUACUAUGGUUUGUAUCUGUGUAGUCCACAGAUCCAGAGACUACAUGCAUUAUUAGAUUGUGCUGAAAUACUAUGCAUAAUUGUACAUAUUGACAUGAGAUAAUUGAGUAUCACUUGAUUUUAUUACAUAAAUACUGUACAUACAACUAUAAUUGAAUAAUGCCAUCUACAAAACGAUGAAGCAUUGAUUCAAGCUGUUAAAAGCGACUCAAAUUGACAAAUAAUUGUUAUUGGUGCACCUCUACAUAUUACCUUUUUAAUUUAUAAUCAGUAGCCACUCGUACUCAAGUUCAACACUGACUCUUUGUGUAUCAGAGGAAUAGAUCAAUGUGUAUAAACAUUAUAUCUCCUGGCCAGUAGCUUAUAGAAAAUGUUAUCCAACAGACUGACUUUAUCAUACAAUUUGCAUUCAGUGUGUUAAAUAUUAUGUUUUGUUGCCUUUUGUCAAUGAGUGAUAUCAUUUUGUUUUCUUCUACUCAUCAUGGGUGUCUAAUUGCAGCACAGUACUCUGUUUUUAAGAGUACAACUUUAGAAAUUGUUUUGCUGGUUGUCAAAAAUGUGUACAGAUGAUUGUCUGUUUUCAAAAAUGAGUAAUCACUUGUAAUACCUUAGUAGGAAAGUAACUGUACUUAAGCAGUGAGUUUUAACAUUUUCUGAAUGGUAAAACAUGUGUUUACACUACCUUGCCAUGUUUACAGGGCGUUGAUAAAAGAAGAUAUUGUGGGCUGGUUUCUUGUCUCUGAUGACACAAUUUUAUACUUAUGCUUUUAUAAAGUGAAGCACUUUGUUAAUAUCGAUGAGUCUUACUUCUGAACUGUCUGAAUCUUUGCCAAUCUGUUACCUGCAGACUGCUUCAAUCGUUCUUUCAGGAAAAUGAUCCUAUGCUUCAUGCACAUGUGUUUAAAUGUUUACAUGUUGAACAUUGCUGAAAAUAAGCACAUUCUCUUCUUUCACUUCUAUUUAAAGUUAAAUACAGAGGCCUUCGUUUGUAAUGUAUUGUAGACUGUGAUUGUUUAUUGAUGUUCUAAUCUCUAAAUGAAAGUACUGUUAUACAUGUAUUGUUGUCUAUUUAAGAAUCAUGAAUAGAUCAACAAUUAUUUCUGAUAUAUCAAGUUUUGUUAUUAUAGACUUUAAUUAUAACACCUAUAAGUGCAUUACAACAACAACAACAACAUGCAUGCAACAUGUAUACAACAGUUUAAAGGUGGAAUGAACUGUAGCUGUUAACUCCCAAUUUGAUGACCUAUAGCUCACCAAAUUAAAUAUAUUUGAAAAAUAAAGAAAUAUAAAACCAA